AUGGCCACUCCCAGCAAGACUCCCCCUGGCGCAGACCCUAAACAACUAGAACGAACCGGGACCGUGCGAGAGAUCGGGUCUCAAGCCGUGUGGAGUCUGUCCUCAUGUAAACCAGGGUUUGGAGUGGAUCAGCUCAGGGACGAUAACCUCGAGACAUACUGGCAGUCUGAUGGAUCCCAGCCACAUCUUGUCAACAUACAGUUCAGGAGGAGAACCACAGUCAAGAUGCUGUGUAUUUACGCUGAUUAUAAGUCUGACGAGAGCUACACUCCCAGUAAAAUCUCUGUGAGAGUCGGAAACAACUUCCACAACCUCCAGGAAAUCCGGCAGCUGGAGAUGGUGGAGCCCAGUGGUUGGAUUCACAUUUCUCUUUUAAAUCAGCGGACAAACGAGCCGAUCAGCACCUUCAUGAUCCAGAUUGCGGUUUUGGCCAAUCACCAAAACGGCCGGGACACACACAUGCGGCAGAUCAAAGUCUACACCCCGGUGGAAGAGAGCUCCAUUGGAAAGUUCCCACGAUGCACCACGGUCGACUUUAUGAUGUACCGAACCAUUAGGUGA